AAGGUGUGCUCAGGGGUCCCAGACACUGCACAGUGCCCCAGGGCCUUCUGGGGCAACACAGUCUAUCAUGGAUCACUACAAAUUGUUUUAAAUUAUGCAUUUUCUGAGAAAACUUUAGAAUCACAUCUAUUUUAAAAGAAUAAAUUGGAUAAAAGAAAUAGACUGCUGCUCAUACAUAGUGUCUGGCGCUUGCUCACGGGGAUAGCAAUGGCAUCGGUACCUUCAGUUGGUUGCCUUCUGGCCAAAAAUCAGUAUUAUCGAAAGGCCAGUAUUUCUUCAGUUAGCUCUGACUCUGUUAAUUUCAUAGAUGAAGACAAACCCCUUCAAGGGUUACCUGAAAUGGCAGAAUCCACCUGGUGGUUGAAAUCCUUUUUUCAUUCUGAACCUGUGCUUUCAAGUGAAAUAAGAAAAGAACUGUCUGUUAGUGGCACUAACUGUUGAUUCUGACAAUCAAAAUGACUCCACCUGCUGAGGUGCUACAAAGGUGAACAAGACCCGUCAGCUCUCAAGUUAUUCUAGACAACGCUUCUCCAUUGCAAAAAGACAACAACCGGCCAGAGAUCUCAUUUAUUAGGCAAAAUCACAGCAGCCACCCAUACAAGUUCAGGCAUUUUCUUCAAUACUAAAAUUACUGUUGUGAGUAGCAUCAGCUUCUCAGAGAAAAUUAGAAAAGCAUGGUUUAAAAAAUAUGUGCCCCUUUAGAGCAGUUAGUCUUUAACUGUAGCAGUCUUUUCAUUAUCCAUAUUAUGUUUCCAAAAAUUUAAUUAUUAUUUUCAAUUAAAAAAAGUUAGACACUCUU